AAGAGUUGUUCUGCGUUCGGCGUUCCCAGCGGCACUCCACUGCCGCAUGCCAUUUAGCACUCACCGUAUGAUCGCAAUCACGCGGGUUUGAGCUAAUGGUCCUACCUUAACAAUUUGCACUCGCGUUUGGAGAUGUGGCUGCUUGCAUAACAGUGUGGAUGGGGGGCGAGCAGGGUCAUGAGGGUGAUCAUUACCUUUGAGUUGGAUUUUGGGGGUCGCUACCGUAGAAGGAACGCGCUCUUCCUAUCAAUAAUUCAUCCAUCCCUGAAGCAGCGGGAAAGGGGGGGAGAGCACACAGCUCCGGAGAUACAGGUUUUGAACUGCAGUCACCGGCGUAUUAUGUCACAAUCUGACAGUGCUUCGAGACGGGCUGACGAGGAGGACAAAGGAGGAUGAAGGAGGGAGAGGGACCCGGAGAGGCAGAGGAGGAAUAUAAUGAAGUUGAGUGGGAAAGGACUGUGUACCAUCGUCUCCAGCGCCCUCCUCUUCGUCUGCGCGGUGAGCGAAGUUGUUGUCGGAUUCAAAUGCAUCUCACUGGGCACCAAAGUAAAAGUGCAUUUUCACCUGUCGACCGCGGCCGGGGCUUUCUACUCGGGGAUACUGGUCGGACUCGGGCAGGCGCUGCUGGGCUUUGCGCUGCUUUGUUGCAAAGCGACGCCCGGGUGUCGGAAUUUCUUUCUCCUGGGUAUCCUGGUGUUUUUGUUGGGAGUUCUCACCGCCUUCUCCGGAGCCGUGGUGGACGGGGACACGGUGUCUCUGGUGGAGCGCAAAUAUUCCCAUUAUUGCCUAGACAUAGACUCAGUGGAAUUAACCGCCAUCUGCAACCAACUGAAGGAAUAUCAGAGAAGUCUAGUCAUCUCAACCAUUCUUAGCACUUUGGAAUGCCUUCUCGGGCUUAUGAACUUGGUGAUCAUCAAAAGGUACAAAACAGCGCAGUUUUACAGACGGAGGCAAUCACAGAGGCAAAGCGUGGGGACUAUUAUUUUCAGUGAGGAGCAGGACUUUACCGUGUCCGAAUUCCAACCGGUUUCCUACAUUAACUUGGGGGUAUUUCAAGUGUUCGACGAAGCAGGUGUUGAAGUACAAUGCGGGGGCCACCCGUCUAUCGAUCUCCCGGGUUACUCACCCACGGAUCCCGAGCUCAACCAUUCCUACCCCUUUUCUUACCCGCUCCCGAACGAGUUACCGCCCGCGUACGAAGACAUUUUCCCUGGAGACGAAAGUAACAAAUAGCAGCUCACUCUGAACAAACAAAAAAGUUGGAACAUGGGCUCUAAAUUCUGCAGUGACAAUCACUGGCUUUCUCCCUUCGGUCUAUUCAGUGCUGGGACAAACAAUCAUGGAGAGAUUCUUACCUAAACAGUUUUUUUCCAUUACCUUCAUGCUUAUUUUUCUCAGCAAAGGUAGCCUCCUGGUCCACUUUAUGUGCAUCUACCAUUAUGUUGCCAAUUAACUAGUCUAUUGCCAUCCAUCGAUAUAGUCGAAAUUCCAUGGUAAUAAAUACCAGACCCAUAGACCAUAAGAUGCUACCAUACCAGUCCAAAUUUCAAAGCAGCAGUUGUUUUGAGUUCAGAUUGGAUACACAUCAAAUGCCCAUAUAGUUUGCUGUUGUUAUUGUUUUCUUUAACAUAUGAAUAAAAGUGUAUUUACUCUCACCUGAUGUUAGAAGUUCUAUUCAAAAACCAACCUGCAUUUUACCUGCCUAAUACUCCAACAUCCACAAUGGGCUUGUAAUGUGUCUUGUACACCCAACAGGUGUAGCCCAUUAAAUUAGGCUAUUGCUUGAUCAACAAGACCACAGAAAGGCCCACAUCAUUGUGAAUCGGAAAUGCAUUUCCGUAGCCACAUAAAUGCAAUACAGUAGUAAUGAAAAAGGUAGAUGUAUUCCCCUUCCACCUUUCUGCACACUUUGCGGAGCCAAUUGCUCUUGUUCUCACUGCAGUAUAACCUAAUGGGUAGCCUGCAUUUGUUUCACAUGCUUAACUAAAUAGCCACUAAACCAUUGAGUAUUAUGUCUGCAUCCCAAAUAGCACACUAUUCCCAUAGUGCUCUGGUCAAAAGUAAUGUACUGUAAAGGCAAUUGGAUACCAUUUGGGAUGCAUCCAUUCACUAGUGAGUCACCAGAGCACCACACCUCCCAUUCACCUCCAAAGUGGCAGAUAACAACUGUCAUUGAUGCCUUCUUCGCUGAAUUUCACCCACUGUUGAGUGGAUGUGAUGCUCUCACUCUCACCUGAUAAGAUAACUCAAGUUGGGUGUGAAAUCACUUCCUCAGCCGUUGCUAGGAACUUGGAUAUGACCUGUUUCUUGCGUGCGACUAGAGAGUAUGAUUGGAUAUAAAUGGGGUUAGAUACUCACGUGAUAUUGGAGUACAGGAGUUCAACAUAUUUAGAAAGACAUGUAUCGUACUGUAUGGGACAGUGAAACUGUAGGGCUGUAUGCCUCUGAACUGUAGUGAAUCACCUGAUAUAAACACUGUAUGCUCAUUUCAAAGCAAACUGUGACAAUUGUUCAGUUCAAACUGCUGUCUUCACAUGGUCAUAGUGUUGUGAUUUGUAAAAGGGAUACAAUAUAUUGUGAGUUGAGAUAAACAACUAGUUUGUUUGCUUCAGGGGGAGACAUACAAAACUGCAGGGCCUGCUAGUUGUUGCAGUUCAUUAUAGUCUAUCUGAUAUCUCAAUGAGAAAGUGAUUUCUGGAAUUGCUUAGGGACCACGGAUAUUCUGAUGUUUUUAGUUCUCAGUUUUACCUUGGAAAUUUUACAGAACAGUUUGCAUAAUAGGAUACCUGUAUGAUUAUGCUUGCAUAUAAUUAUUCCCUGAGAUAUACCAUAAAACUCUUUAUUUUACAGUGGUACUAAUGGAAUUCUCUCAUUACCAAGCACAACAUAUGUAGAAUAUGUACUUGCAGUUACAGUAUAUAGUGCUCAGCGAUGAUAUAUCAGUAUCCAACCUGGCAUGUAUUGCUGCAAAGCUGCAAGUCGUUAGGAAAAUAUUUGACAUAAUCUGGGUCUUAUGUUACAUUACCACUAUGAUGUCAGGCAUGUUAAGAAUGUUACAUUGAUGGCAUCUUUGUAUCCUGUCUUUCUGAAUGGUCUGUUGUACAUCAAAACACUUAAAGCUGACUGAAGUUAUCCUUGAUUUAUAAAAUCACUGCUGGUUUCAUUUGCCUAAUGUAAUGUAUUGCAAAGCAAUCUUCUUCCUUCCUUCCUGCUCGCCUCAUCCAAUUAAUGAUUAUUAAAAUGACCAGGGAAAGAA